AGCAAUAUUGGCAUGAACGCUGGAAGGGAGCAUGUUUUUCAGGUCAAAAAAGUAAAAAUAUGUAAGAAAUGGCGUCAUGACAUGAGAAUCGAAGGCGGAUUAAUUAAGUAAGGCGACGAGCUUGUUAGACUGAUAGGUGGUGUUGAUGUGUUAUAUCUGCAACAUGAAAGCGUCUCUCUGGCGUGGCGCUUAGAAAGAGCGAUGAAACAGCUUAACAGAUGGAAUGUGUAAUUAAGGAGCAGCUCUAAGGGCCAAGGGUUUGGACGAUUUGACCCGUUCCCCUGACUGAAGCCACGUUUACUAAUUAUUGGCUUCGCAAUUAUAGCAGUCUUCCCUGUAUCAUAACACCGUUCAUGGAACAACGCAGUGGCAUGCACUCUGGUCACCGUAAAACGGGCUGUCCAUUUUCUAAAUUGAGGCUCCACACCUGAACCUGAGGUAUUGAUAAUGCCCGCAAAUAGCAACACGACCCACCGAGGCAUAUAUAGCAAUUAGGAACCAGCGCUCAUAAAAACGUUGGCAUCAAGAUUUACGACCCAAAAUGCCGCCUGCUUCCCUCGCCGUCCUUCUGGCUCUCGCUCUGCUCCUCCCCACUGCCAAGGCUGCCUCCCUCGCCGUGGAGAGGCCCUUACCUCCCCUCGCUUACAACGACGGCGACCUGCUCACCGGCAGCAUCGACGUCGCCCUUCUGUGGUACGGCAACGUCACCAAGGUGCAGAAGAACAAGAUUCUGGCCUUCCUCAAGUCCAUCAACGCCGACAGGGUGCCCCAACCCAACGUGGCCACCUGGUGGAAGGUCGUGGAGAGCUACCAAACGUUCGCCAGAAAACCACCAGGUCCCAUCAGCGUCAGAGUGGUGAGCCAGAAGCAGGACCCCGGUUACUCUCAGGGCAAAGUCUUGAUCAAGGACAUGAUCAUGGCAUUGAUCCCCGGCCUCACCGGUGGCAACAACAACCUUCUCGCCAUCAUUGUCGCCUCCGACGGCGUCACCGUCCAGAACAUGUGCGCCGGAAGCUGCUGGCAGCACGGCAGCUUAACUCUAAAUGACAAGCCGCAGGCGUACGUGUUGGUGGGUAAUCCGGAGAACGAGUGCCCCAUAUGUGCCUGGCCGUUCGUGAGGGACGUGCACUCGCCGAGAGGGUCGCCGGUGCUGAGGCCGCCGAGUUCGAACCUGGGAGCGGACACGAUGGUGAUGUCGCUGGCGGGGGGGUUGAUGGGAGCGGUGACGAACCCGCACGGGGAGGGGUUCUACGUGGAAUACAGGAAUGAGGAGGUGGACGCGACGGCGUCGUGCAAGGGGGUGUUCGGAAGCGGAUCAUCGCCGGGAAACCCGGGAAAGGUGUUGUUAGACCGUAGGAAUUUCGGAUCCUUCAACGUGUACGGCGUGGCACGCCACAAGUUCUUGAUUCCCGGAGUGUGGGACCCGAAAACGAAGUCGUGCUGGACUCCUCUGUAAUUUAAUUAUUUUUCCCUCACCUUUCUUUUUUUGCACCAUUUUUCCAUUUUCUUUAAAAUUCUUCUUAUGUGGAAAACUUUAUUAGGAAAUGGCAAGCAAUGGGGCCUACGCGAUAGCAAGAAAGAAUACGUACAUUUUAUUUUCCCCCAAUUU